CGCACUGCCGCCUCCCCCCUCCCCUUACCGGAGUCACCUUGGGGCACGGCCCCCUCCGGUACCGGAACCGGCACCGGAACCGGCCCCGGAACAGCCCCGCCCACUUCCGGUCAUGGCGGCCGACAGGCCCAAGAGCUCUCCCAAGUGGGUCAAGUUCCUGUUCGGAGGCCUCGCAGGCAUGGGGGCCACGGUGUUCGUGCAGCCUCUGGACCUGGUCAAGAACCGGAUGCAGCUGAGUGGGGAAGGGGCCAAAGGUCGCGAGUACAGAACCAGUCUCCAUGCACUGGGCUCCAUCCUGCGCCAGGAGGGGCUCAGGGGCAUCUACACUGGCCUAUCCGCAGGUCUCCUCCGCCAGGCCACCUACACGACCACCCGUCUGGGUGUGUACAGUGUGGGGCUGGAGCUGCUGGGGGGGCCUGACGGGAGCCCCCCCCCGUUCCUGGCCAAGGCAGCCGUGGGCAUGAGCGCCGGAGCCGCAGGCGCCUUCGUGGGCACCCCUGCCGAGGUGGCGCUCAUCCGCAUGACCGCGGACGGCAGGCUGCCCCCUGGUGAGCGCCGCGGGUACCGCAACGUGUUCGAUGCCCUCGUGCGGAUGGUGCGAGAGGAGGGACCCACAACCCUAUGGAGGGGCUGCAUCCCAACCAUGGCUAGAGCUGUUGUGGUCAAUGCUGCCCAACUGGCCUCAUACUCCCAAUCCAAACAGUUCCUGUUGGACUCGGGCCGCUUCCAGGAUGACAUCUUGUGCCACUUCAGCGCCAGUAUGAUCAGUGGACUGGUGACCACAGCAGCCUCCAUGCCCGUGGACAUCGUCAAGACCCGCAUCCAGAACAUGCGCACCAUUGAUGGGAAGCCUGAGUACCGUGGGGCACUGGAUGUGCUGCUGAAGGUCAUCCGCUAUGAGGGUUUCUUCAGCCUCUGGAAGGGCUUCACCCCAUACUAUGCUCGUCUCGGGCCCCACACGGUUCUCACCUUCAUCUUCCUCGAGCAGAUGAACAAGUGGUACCAGCGCCUGGUGCUCAAUGGCUGACCCAUGGAAUCUAUGGGGCAGCCCCAUAGAGACACUGCUGACCCAUGGAAUCUAUGGGGCAGACCCAUAGAGACACUGCUGAC